UUUAUCGGUAAGCUGUACGCUCUACGAUGCUGGCGAGUACAAGGCAAAAACCAGUUUGAAGCUGAAAAAACACUACGCAUCUUUCGUUGUCGAAAUAUUUUCUUCCGAUUCACAAGAUAGAGAGGUUACAUAUCUACAUAACACACACGCGACACGUUGUAGCUGCUCCGCGCUGAUUGCGCAGCUUGGUUAUAAUUGGGUUCGGAAGACUGUUGCGUCGUUGGUAUUCGUAUAUAGUGCGUUGUGUUUGCCGAACAAUUAAGUGUUGGUGAUAAUAUUCAGAUUUAAUAUAUUUUUAGUCAGUUUAUCAUUAUUUUAUUUGCGAAACACAGGCAACAUCGGUUCUGUAAUUGGCAGUAUAAAUGUACAAAUACGUUCCUGUGCUUCAAAAUUUUCAUUUGCAUCGCAAAUGAUCUACGUAAACGUGUGUUGCAGCCACGAAUGACUCGGUAUCGGAUGUCGUUGCAGUACGUGAAUAAACAAGAGAAAAUGCCGGGCCACCGUCAGCCUAGCUCCCUAGAGGGGCUCAGUUUGGGACGCGUGUGCCAGCAGCUCGAUGGGACGUGCCGUCGCCUUCAAAUACGAUCUCAAGAAUCAACUGCCGCUCAAGUGUUCGCCUAUGCGAAACAAACUAUCAGGCCUUACUAUGUGAACGCCCUUCCGGCACGCCUUCGUUCUCAAGUGAUAGAGGAAACGUCCAAAAUGCUUUAUGGACCUUCCUCGGAUGGUUCUACUCUGAUCUCCGGCCCUGCACCAUUGUAUCUACUUGCUCUCUUACUCGGACAUGAUAUCAGAUGUCUGAAAGUUAAUUUGUGCUGCUACUAUGGAUGCAGCCAUCAAACCUCGCUCCUAAAUUUAUUAGCGACAGAAGGGGUUGGACUGGAAUCUCUUGAACUGGCUCGUUCUGCACUGCUUAGACUGGACUGUAAGUUACUUAGAACGUCAUUACUUAACAUGACGAAUCUGAGAACUCUAAUACUCAGAAACAUAGCAAACGAUGCGGUACUACAAGUGAUUGGAAAAGCGUGUUCGCAGUUGGUCGUUUUGGAUGUUGCCUGCUCCAGACAAGUAACAGACAUUGGUCUCAAACAGUUGCUGUUGCAAGUCGAACUUCGUGACAAAACUUUGUAUCACCCUCCUGUUCAAGAAUCUAAUAGUUGGUCCCGCAUAAAGUCGCUCUUUUCGAAACUGAAAUUCAAGAAUUUGAAGACUGAAAAAAAUUCCGACUUUGGAGUGCUGCUCGAGUACUGUGAAAGUAGAAACUUCCUCUGUAAUACACUUAGGGUUUUAAACGUAGCCAAUACAAGAGUAACGAGUGAAGGGGUGCUCAUCGCUCUGGUUCACGUUCCGAAAUUGGAAUCCUUGGCCGAAUACAAUCACGUGGGAAGAGUGAUGGAAAUCAUGAACCGAGGCGCAACUGGUUUGAACGCUCCGUUUAGCCUCACUCAGGCCCGGACUUUAAGAACCACGCCAUCCAGAUUAGAAAUCUUAGCGCAGGCUUGUCCAAAGGUGGAAAAACUUCACAUUUCUGAGCCUCACCAUCCCCCAGAGUCACUUGGACUAUUUUCUUGUGUUACUUCCCUGAGUGUCCACAGCAUUCCAGCACAAAAACAAUGGCUGGAGGGUUUCUACGGCUACCUGCGCACUAACGGCCAGAACUUGCACGAUCUAAAUCUCCGAAUAAUGCAAACUGAAAACCCAAUAAAAUUAGAUCUCAGAGAAAUAUUUUCAAGCUGUCCAAAUCUUAGAAUAUUAUCUAUGGAUGGUUCAAACGUUGUUUGGAGCAACAGAACCGAUCCUCCGCCUGUGAAACAUCUAAAGAAAGUUCAACUAGGUCGCAUAGUUAGCGCAAUAACAAUAACAAAAACACUUUCGCUGGCACCAGAGCUGACAGAUUUACACGUGCACAGUUGUUUUGAUCUCACUAACCUUCACUUGGAAAAGUUAUUGAAUGUGUCAACCAAAUCCAAAAAUGGAUGUAAGUCAGAGAAAUGUAAAAAUAGUUUGGCACAAAAUUUAACUUGCUUUUACAUUUACGAGGCAAGCAAUGUGUCGACUUCUACUGUAUUGAAUAUGCUUCACAGCUGCAAAAAUCUUAAGCGAAUUGGAAAUUUGGCCAACUGGGGCCUGGACUGUGAGGGAGUAAGAACUUUGCGGGAAACUCUGGCUCGGGACAAUUUUGAUGUCAAUUUAUCCCCCGGCUCACAUUGGUUUUGGAGUAAUUGUAUCCAAUAGUGUAAAUUUCACCUAUCAUCGUAUCAUCAAAGCAAAUAUUCACAUCCAAGUACAUCCAUCCAUCCAUACAUCCAAGUCCGUGACAAAAUUAACUAAACUUUAGCAUUGGAUUACUUAUAUUUGUUGGCUACAUGAAUUGAUCUGUUAUCAGAAUUACAAAUUACACCAGUAGUCUGAAACUCUACUAUAAACAAAUAAUCGCUACUAAAAUUUGUUUAAGACCUAAAUUCGUAAAUAUAUAUUCACUGUAUAACCUAUACUUGUACAAAUCACAUGUACACUCAUUUUUGUGUCCCUCUCUAAGAGUUAAUGAAUUCGCAUCAAUAAAGUUUAUACAACCACUAAGUUGGUCAAGUUUGAAAUAAUGUA